CCACUGCGCCUGGGUCGAGCAACAACAAAUAUCUCUGCGGAGUUGCUAGCUAGGUAGUUAGUUAGCUAGCUGUAAAAACAUGCUUCUUCAGACUUUCAGGCCAUGGCUGUCGCUGCUUCGUUGCAGAGGAUUGCCAGUAGCAACCACACGACUAUACCACGGCGACAGAGUCGCAGCCGUCGGUACACAGCCUGACACACAGUCCGCGGAGUUUGCGGUAAGUGGGAGGACGAUGGGCCAAGCAUUGGGCUAAGUUAGCAUUGUGAGACGCUGCUAGCUCGGACUGCCCUUGGAACUGAAUGACUCUCAAUAAGUGUAAUGCUAGAUGGCUCAUUGUCAGUUGCUUGCAGUACGUUACAACCCCUGUACCACCAGCUAGCUAACAUGUAUUGCAAUUAAUCAGGGCUUGCUAACGGUAGCAAGCCAUCGAGAAGGGCAAAUGCAUUGAUCAGACAUCAGCGUGUCGUCAGCAACGCUUAGAAAGGUACUUCCGGGUCACAGAAUUUCGGAAAUGUUCAAAAUAAAAGUUCCCCACGUAAUAGUAGAAAAGUGUCAAUAACCUGUAUUUAUUCAUAAUAUAUGAACAAAAAUGUGUCUAAACAUUAACAGGGAUUAAUAUUAAAGUUACAUUUGCAUAAAAUGUGGGGUUUAAAACAUGUUCCAAGGCCAAAUAAAUGACCCCAAUGCAAAUCACUGAAUAUGAAAUAAUAAUAAUAAUAAUAUGCCAUUUAGCAGACGCUUUUAUCCAAAGCGACUUACAGUCAUGCGUGCAUACAUUUUUUGUGUAUGGGUGGUCCCGGGGAUCGAACCCACUACCUUGGCGUUACAAGCGCCGUGCUCUACCAGCUGAGCUACAUAUUCUUGGCUUAUAUAACAACAAUUAUUCUAGGUGGCGCAGUAACAGUAAUGUAGGGAAUACUCAGUAGGGUCUAUAUAAUGUAUAUAUGGUGUCAUUUCAUGGGGUUCUGAAAAAUACAGAGUGUUGCUGGCCUUUUACUGUGGCUAAACAGCUUAAAGUGGUGUGCCUGGGCACUAUAUGGUACAAAUAUAGCACUGUAAUGAAAAAUGAUGGAUUGUGUGUCCAUAAAACUAGGUUCCAGUCUACUCACUAGAGUCCCUAGAAUACAAAACAGGUGAGUUUGAACAAAAAGCUAGGUCAUACACUAUAUAUAAGAAAGUAUGUGGACACCCCUUCAAAUUAGUGGAUUCGGCUAUUUCAGCCACACCCGUUGCUGACAGGUGUAUAAAAUCGAGCACACAGCCAUGCAAUCUCCAUAGACAAUCAUUGGCAGUAGAAUGGCCCGUACUGAAGAGCUCAGUGACUUUCAACGUGGCACCGUCCACCUUUCCAACAAGUCAGUUUGUCAAAUUUCUGCCCUGCUAGAGCUGCCCAGGUCAACUGUAAGUGCUGUUAUUGUGAAGUGGAAACGUCUAGGAGCAACAACGGCUCAGCUGCGAAGUGGUAGGCCACACAAGCUCACAGAACAGGAUUGCAGAGUACUGAAGCGCACAGCGCGUAAAAAUUGUCUGUCCUCGGUUGCAACACUCACUACCGAGUUCCAAACUGCCUCUGGAAGCAACGUCAGCACAAUAACUGUUCAUCAGGAGCUUCAUGAAAUGGGUUUCCAAGGCCGAGCAGCCGCACACAAGCCUAAGAUCACCAUUCACAAUGCCAAGCGUCGGCUGGAGUGGUGUAAAGCUCACCGCCAUUGGACUCUGGAGCAGUGGAAAUGUGUUCUCUGGAGUGAUUAAUCACACUUCACCAUCUGGCAGUCCGACAGAUGAAUCUGGGUUUGGCGGAUGCCAGGAGAACGCUACCUGCCCAAAUGCAUAGUGCCAACUGUAAAGUUUGGUGGAGGAAGAAUAAUGGUCUGGGGCUGUUUUUCAUGGUUCGGGCUAGGCCCCUUUAGUUCCAGUGAAGGCAAAUCUUAACGCUACAUCAUACAAUGACAUUCUAGAUGAUUCUGUGCUUCCAACUUUGUGGCAACAGUUUGGGGAAGGCCCUUUUCUGUUUCAACAUGGGAAUGCCCCCGUGCACAAAGUGAGGUCUAUACAGAAACGGUUUGUCAAGAUAGGUGUGGAAGAACUUGACUGGCCUGCACAGAGCCCUGACCUCAACCCCAUCGAACACCUUUGGGAUGAAUUGGAACGCCGACUGCGAGCCAGGCCUAAUCGCCAAACAUCAGGUCCCAACCUCACUAACGCUCUUGUGGCUGAAUGGAAGCAAGUCCCCCGCAGCAAUGUUCCAACAUCUAGUGGAAAGCCUUCCCAGAAGAGUGGAGGCUGUUAUAGCAGCAAAGGGGGGGGGGACCAAGUCCAUAUUAAUUCCCAUGAUUUUGGAAUGAGAUGUUCGACAAGCAGGUGUCCACAUACUUUUGGUCAUGUAAAAAAUGUACUCCCUACAAUACUUUUACAUCGGCACAAAGAAUAGUUUUUCAUUACAGUGCUAUAUUUAUACCCUAUAGUGUCCAGGCACUAUCAAUGAGAGACGAUUUGAAAUAGACUUGAUGGCAGCAACACAUUUAUUUCAUUUAAUAACGUUUUUUUUUCUAAAUUCAAACAAACCCCCUGCAACUAAACAUGGACGUAGAAGACAUUGGUUGUCUUCCAAGUCGGGAAUUGAGGAGGUAUCGCCAAGUUAAGGUUGGUUCAAUUCUCUGUGCUAAGCCAAACAGAGUAAUGGCCUGACUCAGAGGAUACUAGCUAGUCCUUGCCUGGGUUAUAACCUGCUCUGUAACCUGCUCUGUAACCUGCUCUACUCUACGCGUUUGACAUUAUGAUACCUCUCUUUUCAGGAAAACUAUGAACGAAUGCAAGUCCUUGUUGAUGAGUUGAAAGGCAGAUCGGAGAAAAUCAAAUUGGGUAAGUUAAGUUGGCACCUUCACAAUGUGAAAACUCUUCUGAACGUUAACGGAUGUAGGAAUGUCCGGUUUUGACCAGCCUGUCUGAUAACGUGUUGUGUUGAGCCAGGUGGGGGAGAGCGGGCCAGAAAGCUGCACAUCUCCAGAGGGAAGCUCCUCCCCAGAGAACGCAUAGACAGACUGCUGGACCCAGGGUAAACACACAUGACUUUUCUCUGAACACCUAAUUGGUAGAUUUAUCCUCUGUAGCGUUUCUAGGUCUGAGGGUUCCUUUAUGUUCCUUUAUUGGGUUUCUCUCGGCAGGUCUCCGUUCCUGGAAUUCUCCCAGUUUGCAGCAUAUGAGCUCUAUGGGAAAGAAGAGGUUCCAGCAGGAGGCAUCAUCACAGGGAUUGGCAGAGUCUCAGGGUGUGUAGAGUACUGUAGAAUACUGUAGAGUACUGUAAACAUUGUAGAGUACUGUAGAGUACUAUAGAGUACUGUAAACAUUGUAGAGUACUGUAAACAUUGUAGAGUACUGAAGAGUACUAAAUAGUACUGUAAACACUGUAGAGUACUAUAUAGUACUGUAAACAUUGUAGAGUACUGUAGACACUGCAUAGUACUAUAGAGUACUGUAAACAUUGUAGAGUACUGUAAACAUUGUAGAGUACUAAAGAGUGCAGUAGAGUACUGUAAACAUUGUAGAGUACUGAAGAGUACUAAAGAGUGCAGUAGAGUACUGUAAACAUUGUAGAGUACUGAAGAGUACUAAAGAGUGCAGUAGAGUACUGUAAACAUUGUAGAGUACUGAAGAGUACUAAAUAGUACUGUAGAGUACUGUAAACAUUGUAGAGUACUGUAGAGUACUGUAAACAUUGUAGAGUACUGAAUAGUACUAAAUAGUACUGUAGAGUAUUGUAAACAUUGUAGAGUACUAUACAUUUACAUUUUAGUCAUUUAGCAGACGCUCUUAUCCAGAGGGACUUACAGUUUUAGUGAGUGCAUACAUUUUUCAUACUGGCCCCCCCGUGGGUUUCAGACUUGGCAUUGUCUAUCUCACAGUCUGUCUGUUGUUCUAGCAGUACGUUUCACAUUCUUAUUUACUCAGUACAACCUUCUGCAUUUUGAAUGGCAUCUGACUGGUCGUCUGCCACAUUCCCUCCAGCGUGGAGUGUGUUAUAGUUGCUAACGACGCCACCGUGAAAGGAGGCACCUACUACCCAGUCACGGUCAAGAAGCAUCUCCGAGCACAGGAGAUAGCGCAGCAGAACCACCUGCCAUGUAUAUACCUGGGUGAGUGCCCUCAUUCAUUGGCUACACUGGUGGCAGCGUCGGGAUCGCUGUGUGAAAAGUGACAACAUUGGUCAGUGUUAUCAAUGUAGAUGCAUUAUGUAACAUUCUCCCAGUGGUUGUCUCCUGUAGUGGCCUCAGGAGCGGGUAGGGGUAAGGAGUCAGGGACUAGGGGUUGAUUUGUGAUCGUGUGUUUGCCUCUGUAGUGGACUCCGGAGGAGCCAACCUCCCCAGACAGGCUGAGGUCUUCCCAGACAGAGAACACUUUGGACGGAUCUUCUUCAACCAGGCUCGCCUCUCCUCAGACGGAAUAUCACAGGUAAUGAAUAACACAGCUAAAUGUGUAUCUUUUGUAAAUAUAUUUUUUUAGGGUAUAUUUAGACAUACAUUAUUUAGACAGAGGAAAUGAUAUGGGAGAAACCGAUUUGAAGGGUUGGAGUGGGGAUUGAACCCCGGUCUCCGGUGGGGAGGGAGUCUACACAUCUAGCUAGACGACAGCGUGUUUCCACAGGUCAGUAGUGUCUGACCCAUAAUUAGUGCUGGGAAUUGCCAGGGACCUCACGAUACAAUAUCAAAUCCAAAAUCAAAUCAAGUUUUAUUUGUCACAUGCGCCGAAUACAACAACAAGCUCGUAGGCGUUUCACUGUAAGGUCUACCACCUGUUGUAUUCGGCGCAUGUGACAAAUCAAAUUUGAUUUGAUUUAUGAUUUGAUAUUGUAUCGUGAGGUCCCUGGCAAUACACAUUCUGACCCCCCCCCCCCAUCACUACCCAUAAUCCUGUUACACAUUCUGAUCCCCCCCCCAUCACUACCCAUAAUCCUGUUACACAUUCUGAUCCCCCCCCCAUCACUACCCAUAAUCCUGUUACACAUUCUGACCCCCCCCCCAUCACUACCCAUAAUCCUGUUACACAUUCUGAUCCCCCCCCAUCACUACCCAUAAUCCUGUUACACAUUCUGAUCCCCCCCCAUCACUACCCAUAAUCCUGUUACACAUUCUGAUUCUACGAGCCAAGACAGAAAAAUAUAGGGUAAACUUAAUAUUAACUACAAACACAUUUCACUGAAGAUUCUAACAUUUAGGUCAUGGAGAUAUACACUGAGUGGACAAAACAUUAAGAACACCCCCCCCCCCCCCCCCCCCCCCCCCCCCCCCCCCCCCCGUUUUAGCCCUCAGAACAGCCUCAAUUUGUUGGGUCAUGGACUCAAGGUGUCGAAAGCGUUUCACUGGGAUGCUGGCCCAUGUUGACUCCAAUGCUUCCCACAGUUGUGUCAAGUUGGCUGGAUGUCCGUUGGGUGGUGGACCAUUCUUGAUACACACGGGAAACUGUUGAGAGUGAAAAACCCAGCAGCGUUGCAGUUCUUGACACACUCAAACCGGUGCGCCUGGCACCUACUACCAUACCCCGUUCAAAGGCACUUAAAUAUUUUGUCUUGCCCAUUCACCCUCUGAAUGGCACACAUACACAAUCCAUGUCUCAAUUGUCUCAAGGUUUAAAAAUCCUUCUAUAACCUGUCUCCUCGCCUUCAUCUACACUGAUUGAAGUGGAUUUAACAGGUGACAUCAAUAAGGGAUCAUAGCUUUCACCUGGAUUCACCUGGUCAGUCUAUGUCAUGGAAAGAGGAGGUGUCCUUAAUGUUGUUUUUUUAAUACUCCGUGAUGAGUGUGAAAGUGUGUGUGGCAUCAUCUCUGAAAAAGAGCGUCUGCUAAAUGACUAAAAUGUAAAUGUAAAAUCAGUAUAGAUGUGUGCCCAUGUUAUGUAUGUUGUGACACAGUGGGACUAGGUACCCCCCCCCCCCCCCCCAGGACACAGUGGGACUAGGUAAAUGUUUUGCUCGCAAGACCCGGCUCUGACUGCAUGUGUCACUGUGGCCCCUCAUGAUGAGUUCAGACCCCUGAGUCACUGUGGCCCCUCAUGAUGAGUUCAGACCCCUGAGUCACUGUGGCCCCUCAUGAUGAGUUCAGACCCCUGAGUCACUGUGGCCCCUCAUGAUGAGUUCAGACCCCUGAGUCACUGUGGCCCCUCAUGAUGAGUUCAGACCCCUGUGUCACUGUGGCCCCUCAUGAGGAGUUCAGACUGAUUUCCUUAAAUGAACUGUAACUCAGUAAAAUCUUUGAAAUUGUUGCAUUUAUAUUGUUCAGUGUAUAUAUGUUUGUAUAUGUGUUAUUCCAGAUAGCGGUGGUUAUGGGGUCGUGUACUGCAGGGGGAGCGUAUGUUCCGGCCAUGGCUGACGAGAGCAUCAUCGUCAGGAAACAAGGAACCAUCUUCCUGGGAGGACCCCCUCUGGUGAGGACUAGAUUCCCUAUUACAGAUAUCCAUCAUGGCGGUAUGGUGACUACUGGGUGGAACUCACGGGCUGUCGUUUACUGGCGGUAUGGUGACUACUGGGUGGAACUCAUGGGCUGUAUGGUGACUACUGGGUAGAACUCAUGGGCUGUCGUUUACUGGCGGUAUGGUGACUACUGGGUGGAACUCAUGGGCUGUCGUUUACUGGCGGUAUGGUGACUACUGGGUAGAACUCAUGGGCUGUCGUUUACUGGCGGUAUGGUGACUACUGGGUGGAACUCAUGGGCUGUCGUUUACUGGCGGUAUGGUGACUACUGGGUAGAACUCACGGGCUGUCGUUUUACUGGCGGUAUGGUGACUACUGGGUAGAACUCAUGGGCUGUCGUUUACUGGCGGUAUGGUGACUACUGGGUAGAACUCAUGGGCUGUCGUUUACUGGCGGUAUGGUGACUACUGGGUAGAACUCAUGGGCUGUCGUUUACUGGCGGUAUGGUGACUACUGGGUGGAACUCACAGGCUGUCGUUUACUGGCGGUAUGGUGACUACUGGGUAGAACUCACGGGCUGUCGUUUACUGCCGGUAUGGUGACUACUGGGUAGAACUCAUGGGCUGUAUGGUGACUACUGGGUAGAACUCAUGGGCUGUCGUUUACUGGCGGUAUGGUGACUACUGGGUGGAACUCACGGGCUGUCGUUUACUGGCGGUAUGGUGACUACUGGGUAGAACUCACGGGCUGUCGUUUACCUGGCGGUAUGGUGACUACUGGGUAGAACUCACGGGCUGUCGUUUACUGGCGGUAUGGUGACUACUGGGUGGAACUCACGGGCUGUCGUUUACUGGCGGUAUGGUGACUACUGGGUGGAACUCACGGGCUGUCGUUUACUGGCGGUAUGGUGACUACUGGGUAGAACUCACGGGCUGUCGUUUACUGGCGGUAAUGGUUGACUACUGGGUAGAACUCAUGGGCUGUAUGGUGACUACCUGGGUAGAACUCAUGGGCUUGUCGUUUAACUGGCGGUAUGGUGACCUACUGGGUGGAACUCACAGGCUGUCGUUUACUGGCGGUAUGGUGACUACUGGGUGGAACUCAUGGGCUGUAUGGGUGACUACUGGGUAGAACUCAUGGGCUGUCGUUUACUGGCGGUAUGGUGACUACUGGGUGGAACUCACGGGCUGUCGUUUACUGGCGGUAUGGUGACUACUGGGGUAGAACUCAUGGGCUGUAUGGUGACUACUGGGUAGAACUCACGGUCUGUACGUUUACUGGGCGGUAUGGUGACUACUGGGUAGAACUCAUGGGCUGUAUGUGACUACUGGGUAGAACUCAUGGGCUGUCGUUUACUGGCGGUAUGGUGACUGGGUGGGGAACUCACGGGCUGUCGUUUACUGGCGGUAUGGUGACUACUGGGUAGAACUCACGUGGCUGUCGUUUACUGCGGUAUGGUGACUACUGGGUAGAACUCACGGGCUGUCGUUUACUGGCGGUUAUGGGUGACUACUGGGUAGAACUCCGGGCUGUCGUUUACUGGCGGUUAUGGUGACUACUGGGUAGAACUCAUGGGCUGUAUGGUGACUACUGGGUGGAACUCACGGGCUGUCGUUUACUGGCGGUAUGGUGACUACUGGGUAGAACUCACGGGCUGUCGUUUACUGGCGGUAUGGUGACUACUGGGUAGAACUCACGGGCUGUAUGGUGACUACUGGGUGGAACUCAUGGGCUGUCGUUUUUUCAGGUAAAAGCAGCGACAGGUGAGACGGUCUCUGCUGAGGACCUGGGAGGGGCUGACCUUCACUGCAGGUAUCAGUCUCUAUGACAUCAUAGGUCCUUUCUGUGGUGGAAAAAAUACUCAAUUGUCAAACUUGAGUAAAAGGUCAAAGUAAAUGCUAUACCUCAAACUCCAUAUUAUUAAAGUAAACCAGACGGCACACAUUUUCUUGUUUUUUAAAUGUAUUUACGGCCAGACAGGCACACUCCAACACUAGGAGAUUAAUUUCCAAACGCAGUAUUUGUGUUUAGUGAGUCCGCCAGAUCAGAGGCAGUAGGGAUGACCAGGCGUUAUAUUAAUAGGUGCGUGUAUUGAACCAUAUCGAUGUCCUGCCUGAGCAUUCGAAAUGUAACAAGUACUUUUUGGUGUAACAAGUAAAUGUAUGGAGUAAAAAGUACAUAUAUUCUUUAGGAAUGUAGUGGGGUAAGAGUCAAAGUUGUCAAAAAUAUAAAUGGUAAAAAAUACCAAAAAACUAUUUUUACUUAAGUACUUUACACCACUGGGUCUUUGUAUUAGUCAGGUAUGACACAGGUACUAAAAUAGCCUUCUGUUGUAGCUUUUAAUCUACAAUGUCUCACCUUUCCUCUAAAAAGAUAAGGUUAGUUACACUAAAAAGUUUCUAUCCAGAACCUGAAAGGGUUCUUCUGCUGACCCCUUUGGGAUAACCCCUUUGGAUAGCCCUUUUUGGUUCCAGGUAGAAACUCUUUUGGGUUCCAUGUAGAACCCUUUUUAUAUGGGUUCUACCUGGAACCAAAAAAGGUUCUCCUACGGGGACAACAAAGAACCAUCUUGGAUCCCUUGUUUGUAAGAGUAUAAUAAAGCGUAUUCUACUGUUUGAGUUGGGUAUGGUAGGUAUCAGUAUGGUAGGUACUGUAUGGUAGGUAUCUGUAUGGUAGGUAUCUGUAUGGUAGGUAUCAGUAUGGUAGUACUGUAUGGUAGGUACUGUAUGGUAGGUAUCUGUAUGGUAGGUAUCAGUAUGGUAGGUACUGUAUGGUAGGUAUCAGUAUGGUAGGUACUGUAUGGUAGGUAUCAGUAUGGUAGGUAUCAGUAUGGUAGGUAUCAGUAUGGUAGGUAUCAGUAUGGUAGGUACUGUAUGGUAGGUACUGUAUGGUAGGUAUCUGUAUGGUAGGUAUCAGUAUGGUAGGUACUGUAUGGUAGGUACUGUAUGGUAGGUAUCAGUAUGGUAGGUACUGUAUGGUAGGUACUGUAUGGUAGGUAUCUGUAUGGAGGAUCAGAUGGUAGGUAUGAUGGGGGUACUUAUGGGUAGGUACGUAUGGUAGGGGAUCAUUAGGUAGGUACUUAUGGGAGUACAGUAUGGUAGGGCUGUUGGUAUCUGAUGGUAGGUAUGUAGGGGAGGUUCAGUAUGGUAGGGGAUGUUGGUAGGUAUCGUAUGGUAGUAUCAUAUGGUAGGUAUCAGUAUGGUAGGUACGAUGGGAGGUCUGUAGGGGGAUCAGUAGGUAGGUACUGUAUGGGGGGUAUCGAUGGUUGGUAUCAUAUGGAGGUAUCAUAUGGUAGGGUUUGUAGGUAGGUUUAGUAUGGAGGUACAGUUGGUGGUUUGUAUGGGGGUUUGUAUGGAGGGUUUAGUUGGGAGGUACUGUAUGGGAGGGGACUGAUGGUAGGUACUGUAGGUAGGGAUCAUAUGGGAGGUUUGUAAAGGUAGUUUUCGUAUGGUAGGUACGUAUGGUGGUAUGUAUGGAGGAUCAGUAUGGUAGGUACUGUAUGUAGGUAUCGAUGGUAGGGGGACUGUAUGGGGAGGUACUGAUGGAGGACUGUAUGGAGGUACUAUGGUAGGUACUGAUGGUAGGUUUUAGUAUGGGAGGUACUGUUUUGGUAGGUUUAUUUUGUAGGGACGUAGGGAUACUAUGGUGGUAUUAUGGUAGGGUUUUAGUAUGGUAGGUUCAUUUUGGUAGGUACUGUAUGGUAGGUAUCAGUUGGGGAGUAGUAUGGAGGUUCAGUAUGGUAGGGACGUAUGUAGGGAUCAUAGGUAGGAUCUAUGUAGGUACUGUUGGUAGGUACGUAAAGGGAGGUACUGAGGGGAGGGGCUGUUGGUAGGUAUCAGUAGGUAGGGAUGUAUGGUAGGGAUCGUAUGGUAGGGACUGUAUGGUAGGUAUCAGUAUGGUGGGGCUGUUGGGAGGUUCAUAUGGUAGGGUUUGUAUGGUAGGUCUUUAGGGGCUGUUUUGGGAGGGACUGAUGGUAGGUAUCAGAUGGGAGGGGUUUAGUAGGUUGGGACUGUAUGGGAGUACUUAGGUAGGUACGUAUGGUAGGUAUGUAUGGUAGGUACUGAUGGUAGGGAUCAGUUGGUAGGGAUCAUUGGGUUUGGACUGUAUGGUGGUUGUUGGGAGGGACUUUUUGGUAGGGAUCUAGGUAGGGAUCUUUUUGGUUGGUACUGUAUGGAGAGUAUGUAGGUACUGUAUGGGGAUCGUAUGGGAGGGACUGUUGGUUUUCUGUAUGAGGUACUGUAUGGGGAGGAUCAGUAUGGUAGGUAUUGAUGGGAGUAUCAGUAGGUAGGUCUGUAUGGUAGGGACAGUUGGUAGGGUUUUUAUGGUAGGUUGUAGGUGGUUCAUAUGGGGGUCUGUAUGGUAGGUACUUAUGGUAGGGAUCAUAUGGUAGGGUUUAUAGGGGAGGUAGUAUGGUAGGACGUAUGGGAGGUACUGUAUGGUAGGGACAGUAUGGUGGGACGUAUGGUAGGUUUGUUGGUAGGUACUGUUGGUAGGUAUAGUAUGGUAGGACUGUAUGGUAGGUAUCAGUAUGGAGGUACUGUAUGGGGGGUUCAGUAUGGUAGGGUUUAGUAUGGUGGGACUGUUGGUAGGGACUUAUGGGGACGGGUUUGGGAGGUAGUUGGUAGGUUUUAUAUGGUAGGGGCUGUAUGGUAGGGAUCUUGGUAGGUACUGAGGUAUUUCUAUGGGAGGGACUGUAUGGUUUGGAUCAGUAUGGGGGGGGACUGUAUGGUAGGGAUCAUAUGGUGGUAGUAUGGUAGGGACUGUUGGUGUACGUAUGGUAGUAUCAGUAUGGUAGGGGUCUAUGGUAGUUAAGUAUUUGGUAGGAUGGGUUGGUAUGUAUGGGGUACUGUUGGUAGUACUUUUGGGAGGUACUGUUGGUGGUAUAUAUGGUAGGUAUCAUAUUGGGGGUAUCAUAUGGUAGGGGAGUGGUGGGUUUUAUGGUAGGACUUUUGGUGGUUUAGUUUGGGGGUAUCAGUAUGGUUUGGGAAUUUUUGGUAGGUCUGUAUGGUAGGGUUUCGUAGGUAGGCUUUGGUAGGUACUGUAUGGUAGGUACAGUAGGUAGGGGCAGUAUGGUAGGUCUGAUGGUAGGGAAAUGUAGGUAGGUACGGAGGAGGUAGUUGGUAGGUACGUAUGGAGGUAUCUAGGGGGGAACGAUGGUUGGUCGUUGGGAGGGACGUAUGGUGGUAUGUUGGGAGGUACGUUUUUGUGGUAUCAGUAUGGUAGUAUCAUAUGGUAGGUUCAUAUGGUUGGUACUGUAUGGUAGUACUUAUGGUAGGGCUGUAUGGUGGGAUCGUAUGGUGGGGCUGUAUGGUAGGUACGUUGGGAGGGACUGUAUGGGAGGGAUCUAGGGGGGGUACUGUAUGGUUUGGGAUGUAUGGAGGGAUGUUGGGGAGGGCGUAUGGGAGGUAUCAGUAUGGUAGGGCUGUAUGGUUUGGGACUGUAUGGUGGUACAGUUGGGAGGGCUGUUGGUAGGGAUUAUGGUAGGGCUGAUGGUAGGGGCGUAUGGUAGUAUUAUGGGGGUCUGUCGGUAGGUAUCGUAGGUAGGUACUGUAUGUAGGUAUCGUAGGUGGUACUGUAUGUAGGUCUGUAUGGUGGUUUUGUAUGGUAGGUACUGUAAAGGGAGGUACUGUUGGUAGGGACAAAGGUGGGAUGUAUGGAGGUAUCAGUAUGGUGGUUGUAUGGUAGGUCUGUAUGGUAGGUAUCUGAUGGAGGUUCGGGAUGGGAGGUAUUGGAGGUACGUACGGGAGGGAUAGAUGGAGGUCUGUUGGUAGGUAUAUAGGGAGGGACUGUAUGGUAGGGACGUUGGGAGGGUUUAGUAUGGUAGGACUGUAUGGUUGGUACUGUAUGGUAGGAUCAGAAGGGGAGGUACUGUAUGGAGGUACUGUAUGUAGGCUGUAUGUAGGUAGUAUGGGGUAUCAGUAGGGAGGGAUGAGGUAGGUACAGUUGGUAGGGACUGUAGGAGGGAUCGGUAUGGUAGGUUCAGUAGGUAGGUACUGUAUGGUAGGUAAUGAUGGUAGGGAUCUGUAUGGUAGGUAUCAGAUGGUAGGUACGUCGGGAGGUUUAGUAGGUAGGGACUGUAGGAGGUAUCUUUGGAGGUAUCAUAUGGUAGGGGCUGUAUGGUAGGUACUGUUUUGGGAGGUAUCAGUAUGGUGGUAUGUUUGGGAGUACGUAUGUUGGUAUCAUAUGGGAGGUCUGUAUGGUGGUAUCAUAAAGGUAGGAGAGGUAGGUAUCAGAUGGUAGGUACGUAUGGAGGUACUGUAUGGUAGGUACUGUACGGGAGGUAUCAUUUUGGGGGUCUGAUGGUAGGGUUUAGUAUGGGGGACUGUUGGUAGGGGACGUAGGUGGUAUCAUAGGUAGGGACUGUUUUGUAGGGGACUGUAUGGUGGUAUUACGGUAGGGGACAGUUGGUAGGUUUGUAGGUAGGACUGUAUGGUAGGUACAGUAUUGGGAGGUACGUAUGGAGGUAUGUAUUUUUUUAUCAAUGGGAGGUACUGUUGGAGGGAUCAGUAUGGUAGGACGUAUGGUAGGUACUUAUGGUAGGGAUCUAUGGUAGGUAUCGUAGGUGGUACUGUAUGGUAGGUAUCAUAUGGUAGGUAUCAGUAUGGUAGGUAUCAGUAUGGUAGGUACUGUAUGGUAGGUAUCAGUAUGGUAGGUACUGUAUGGUAGGUACUGUAUGGUAGGUAUCAGUAUGGUAGGUAUCAGUAUGGUAGGUACUGUAUGGUAGGUACUGUAUGGUAGGUAUCAGUAUGGUAGGUACUGUAUGAAAGGUAUCAGUAUGGUAGGUAUCAGUAUGGUAGGUAUUCAGUAUGGUAGGUAUCAGUAUGGUAGGUACUGUAUGGUAGGUAUCAGUAUGGUAGGUACUGUAUGGUAGGUACUGUAUGGUAGGUAUCUGUAUGGUAGGUACUGUAUGGUAUUAGUUAGGUAUGGUUCCUCUAUCCAGUGUUGAUCCGUGUUUGUUUCCUGUUUCCUGUCCCACAGGAAGUCAGGUGUAACAGACCACUACGCCCUAGACGAUAGCCACGCCCUUCACCUGGCUCGCAAGGCCGUCCGCAACCUCAACUACACCAAGAACAUACAGGUGGGUUAUAACCUCAAUAUACAGGUGGGUUAUAACCUCAAUAUACAGGGGGGUUAUAACCUCAACAUACAGGUGGGUUAUAACCUCAAUAUACAGGUGGGUUAUAACCUCAAUAUACAGGGGGGUUAUAACCUCAAUAUACAGGGGGGUUAUAACCUCAAUAUACAGGGGGGUUAUAACCUCAAUAUACAGGGGUGUUAUAACCUCAAUAUACAGGUGGGUUAUAACCUCAAUAUACAGGUGGGUUAUAACCUCAAUAUACAGGGGGGUUAUAACCUCAACAUACAGGUGGGUUAUAACCUCAACAUACAGGUGGGUUAUAACCUCAAUAUACAGGUGGGUUAUAACCUCAACAUACAGGUGGGUUAUAACCUCAACAUACAGGUGGGUUAUAACCUCAAUAUACAGGUGGGUUAUAACCUCAAUAUACAGGUGGGUUAUAACCUCAAUAUACAGGGGGGUUAUAACCUCAAUAUACAGGUGGCAGGGGGGUUAUAACCUCAAUAUACAGGGGGGUUAUAACCUCAAUAUACAGGUGGGUUAUAACCUCAAUUUACAGGUGGGUUAUAACCUCAAUAUACAGGUGGGUUAUAACCUCAACAUACAGGUGGGUUAUAACCUCAAUAUACAGGGGGGUUAUAACCUCAAUAUACAGGGGGGUUAUAACCUCAACAUACAGGUGGGUUAUAACCUCAACAUACAGGUGGGUUAUAACCUCAAUAUACAGGUGGGUUAUAACCUCAAUAUACAGGUGGGUUAUAACCUCAAUAUACAGGUGGGUUAUAACCUCAACAUACACGUGGGUUAUAACCUCAACUAGACCAAGAACAUACAGUUCCUCUUGCUGCUCCGUAGGUAAGUACCAUGGUCUCGUAGUGGAUGUGAGCUUCAUCUAGAAGCCAGUGGAGUGUGUGGAGGAACAGGGUGACAUGGGAGAACUUAGGAAGGUUGAAAACCAGGCAGGCUGCAGCGUUCUGGAUAAGUUGCAGGGGUUUGAAGGCACGAGUGGGGACCCCAGCCAACAGAGAGUUGAGAUAAUUAGGUGGGUGCUUACAUUUGUCCUAUUUCACACAUGUACCAGUGUGAAUAGGAAAUGUGUUUCUUGCAUAUCCCCCUGAGACCCUCGGAGAGUGGGGUCAGAGCCAUGGAUCAGCUUCCCCUGAGACCCUCGGAGAGUGGGGUCACGGCCAGGGAUCAGCUUCCCCUGAGACCCUCGGAGAGUGGGGUCACGGCCAGGGAUCAGACAUUAUUGACGGCCACCCUGGAGCAAUUAGGGUUAAUUGCCUUGCUCAAGGGCACAGACAGAUUUUUCACUUAGUCAGCUCGGGGAUUUGAACCAGCGACCUUUCAGUUACUGGCCCAACGCUCCUAACCGCUGCUGCCCUGCAGUAGUCCAGACGGGAGAUGACAAGUGCCUGGACUAGGACCUGCGCCACUUCCUGUGUGAGGCAGGGAUGUACUUCCUGUGUGAGGUAGGGUCGUACUCUACGGAUGUUGUAAAGCAUCAACCUGCAGGAGCGAGUCACUGCUUUGAUGUUUGCAGAGAACGACAGGGUGUUGUCCAGGGUCACGCCAAGGUUCCUUGCACUCGGAGCGGGCCUUGGAGCGGGCAGGACUUCCUGGGAGGAAGAGCAGCCCCAUCUUGUUGAUCUUGAUGUGGUGGGCUGACAUCCAAGCUGAGAUAUCUGCCAGGCACACAGAGAUGUGUGUCGCCACCUGGGUAUCAGAAGGGGGGAAGGAGAAAAGUGCCUCCGUGACACAGAGAAGAGCAGUCUCGGUUGAGUGACCCGUCUUGAAGCCUGACUGGUUAGGUUCAAGAAGAUGGUUCUGAGAGAGAGAGAUAACAAGAGAGUUGAUCAGAGAUGGCACGCUCAAGUGUUUUAGAAAGAAAAGAAAGAAGGGAUACAGGUCUGUAGUUUUUGACGUCAGAAGAGGUGCGUGUUGGUUUCGUGUGUAGCUAAUGUUUGUUCGAUGUUUUCAGAAAAACAAUGUGAAACAAAAAGAGACUUGGCGUAACUACAUAAGUCAUUGAAACAUGUUCUGCAUAGUUUCUUCUUGUUGCCCCCCCCCCCCCCCCUUCUCCUCUCCUGCCCCUAUAUUAACAUGGCGUUAUUGACCCGGGGUGUUGCCAGGUGACCACCGAGCCCCCCGAGGAUCCUCUCUACCCAGCUGAGGAGCUGUAUGGCAUCGUAGGAGCCAACCUCAAACGCAACUUUGAUGUCAGAGAGGUACUUCCCCCAUGUUUAUUCAUGUACUUAUUAUGGGGGUCUGAAGGAGCUAAAAAAAACCUAUUGUACUGGUUCAUAUUUAUUAUGGGGGUCCGUGUUGACUGUUAUGUUGUGUUAUAAUAUAUCUAAUAUGUUCUACUGUGUGAUUGCCAGGUGAUAGCCAGGAUUGUCGAUGGCAGCAGGUUUGAUGAGUUCAAAGCCUUCUACGGAGAUACAGUGGUCACAGGUGAGCACUAGGCUGGUCACUAUCAGUUUAUACUACCUGGGGUUUAGGCUGGUCACUAUCAGUUUAUACUACCUGGGGUUUAGGCUGGUCACUAUCGGUUUAUACUACCUGGGGUUUAGGCUGGUCACUAUCGGUUUAUACCACCUGGGGUUUAGGCUGGUCACUAUCGGUUUAUACUACCUGGGGUUUAGGCUGGUCACUAUCGGUUUAUACCACCUGGGGUUUAGGCUGGUCACUAUCAGUUUAUACUACCUGGGGUUUAGGCUGGUCACUAUCAGUUUAUACUACUGGGGUUUUAGGCUGGUCACUAUCAGUUUAUACUACCUGGGGUUUAGGCUGGUCACUAUCGGUUUAUACCACCUGGGGUUUAGGCUGGUCACUAUCGGUUUAUACCACCUGGGGUUUAGGCUGGUCACUAUCGGUUUAUACCACCUGGGGUUUAGGCUGGUCACUAUCGGUUUAUACUACCGGGGUUUAGCUGGUCACAUCGGUUUAUACCACCUGGGUUUAGGCUGGUCACUAUCGGUUUAUACCACCUGGGGUUUAGGCUGGUCACUAUCGGUUUAUACUACCUGGGGUUUAGGCUGGUCACUAUCGGUUUAUACCACCUGGGGUUUAGGCUGGUCACUCGGUUUAUACUACCUGGGGUUUAGGCUGGUCACUCGGUUUAUACUACCUGGGGUUUAGGCUGGUCACUAUCAGUUUAUACUACCUGGGGUUUAGGCUGGUCACUAUCGGUUUAUACUACCUGGGGUUUAGGCUGGUCACUAUCGGUUUAUACUACCUGGGGUUUAGGCUGGUCACUCGGUUUAUACUACCUGGGGUUUAGGCUGGUCACUCGGUUUAUACUACCUGGGGUUUAGGCUGGUCACUAUCGGUUUAUACUACCUGGGGUUUAGGCUGGUCACUAUCGGUUUAUACUACCUGGGGUUUAGACUGGUCACUAUCGGUUUAUACUACCUGGGGUUUAGGCUGGUCACUAUCGGUUUAUACUACCUGGGGUUUAGGCUGGUCACUAUCGGUUUAUACUACCUGGGGUUUAGGCUGGUCACUAUCGGUUUAUACUACCUGGGGUUUAGGCUGGUCACUAUCGGUUUAUACUACCUGGGGUUGGACACCGUGGUCAAAAUACACUGGUAUGAAAAAAUACCCUAAAAUACGAAAAAAUAGGCUUCUAGUUGGCACAUUGUGGUUUUUGACUCAACCUUCUAAAGUUGGAGCUGAGCCAAUCAGAGGACUUGGGCGAGGAGAAAAAACAGUAGCUCUCUGCCCCCCCCCCCCCCCCCCCCCCAUCGUCAUAGUUACUAUUUUCCUCCCUCAAGCUGCAUGGCAGCUCUCCACUUCCUCCGUUGAUACCACUGAUAUGUGAGGAAAAGGUGUUGGAUGUGUUAGUGAAGCACAUAACCACUAUUAUGUCGUAGUUGGCUCCUUAGCUAAGGCGUCAUUACGACGAAGGUAGUUAGCUACGGCGUUUAGUGAACUAAGCGAGAACACUUACAGCGCAUAGCCUACAGUAAGCUAAACUACUACAUUGCGUCCAGUAAUUUAAUAAUUCAGAAUUCUUUCCCCCGAUAAAAUUAAGAAAAAGCCAGUUUACAUUUUCACUAGACAAUCCUCACAUAAAGACACCUAUUAAUUAGAAAAAUCAUUACCCCUAAAUUUAACCUAGAAAAAUGUGAGUUUCAUUGAGACCAUCUCCAUUUCAUUUAAGAUCAAACACAAGGCAACUGUGUCGGCUACAUUGUUUGAUAUCAUUUAAAACGCUAGGUUUCAGGAAAUGGUGGUUACAGGGUUUUUUUUUAAUGCAAAAUGCUCCAACUUCCUGAGGAUGGAGUUAACUGACCCCUUCCGGACCAGUGAAGUGGAAACGUCUAGGAACGACAGCGGCUCAGCCGUGAAGUGGUAGGCCACACAAGCUCACAGAACGGGACCACCGAGUACUGAAGCGAGUUGCACGUAAAAAUCGCCUGUCCUCAGUUGCAACACUCACUACCGAGUUCCAAACUGCCUCUGGAAGCAACGUCAGCACAAGAACUGUUCAUCGGGAGCUUCAUGAAAUGGGUUUUCUGGUCAUGUAGUGUAUAUCUGCAGUACAUCCAGUAUGUAGAUAUAACCCUGCGUGUCUUGAGAGAUGGUGCUUUGUGUCGUAGAAGUACAGGUGUGAUUAGAUUCCAUCCCAUGUCUGUUCACAGGGUUCUCCAGGAUAUUUGGUUACCCUGUUGGAAUCAUUGGUAACAACGGAGUCCUGUUCUCAGAGUCUGCUAAGAAAGUAAGUUUAUGCAGUUGAGGACUGUUAAUACCUUAUUUCAAGUUGAUCUAACAGAGAAGUAUGAUCUUUUAGUUCACAUUAAAAUAACCACUAUGUACAUAAUGGCUUGUCCAUUACUGUGUUCCAGGCAACUCAUUUCAUAGAGUUAUGCUGUCAAAGGAACAUUCCCCUUAUCUUUCUACAAAACAUCACGGGUAAGUACAGAAGAGAUUGAUUCCUUCAAGACAUGGCUGGCAGGGUGUAUGAAGUUAAAUGUUUCAUCUUUUUGUUUUGUGCUCUGUCCCCCUCUCUCCCUCUCUGUCCUCCUCCCUCUCUGUCCCUGUCCUCCUCCCUCUCUGUCCCGGUCUUCCUCCUUCUCUGUCUCUGUCCUCCUCCCUCUCUGUCCCGGUCCUCCUCCCUCUCUGUCUCUGUCCUCCUCCCUCUCUGUCCCGGUCCUCCUCCCUCUCUGUCUUUGUCCUCCUCCCUCUCUGUCCUCCUCCCUCUCUGUCCUCCUCCUUCUCUGUCCCGUUCCUCCUCCCUCUCUGUCCCGGUCCUCCUCCCUCUCUGUCCCGGUCCUCCUCCCUCUCUGUCCCGGUCCUCCUCCCUCUCUGUCUCUGCAGGCUUCAUGGUGGGCAGGGAGUAUGAGGCAGGUGGCAUCGCCAAGGAUGGGGCUAAGAUGGUCACGGCGGUUGCGUGUGCCAACGUGCCCAAGAUCACGGUGAUCAUCGGCGGCUCGUAUGGAGCGGGCAACUACGGCAUGUGUGGCAGAGCAUACAGGUAUACCCUGCACACUACACCAACCUACAAUACAACACAGGCCCUGAUGACAUGGCCUGUCAAGCCUACAGCUAUACCCUGUAUAAGGGUUCCCCAACAGGCGGGUGGUUUUAUUUGGCCCCUUAAGUACUGAGCAAAAAAUAAAAAUAAUUUACUUUUUCAUUGUUGGACAUAAAAGACUGUAGAAUCAGCAGGAAAUCAGCUCCAAGGGAUUUUAAUUUAAGACAUCUGUUCCCAAGUAUUCCCCCUCAUAAUAGAGACACAUGGUCGUAUGGAAAUGUAAGUAAGGUUUGUAAUUAUUUUGUUUUAGUCUAACAUUAUAUCUCUUGCGGUCAAUUUGAAGUCUACAAAUUAUUUGUAAUUAUUUUCCGGGCCCCCCAACCAUCCACUCAAGAAAGAAUCUAGUUGAUGAUCCCUGCCCUUUCUGGACAGAACUAGGAUUAGGCCCUUCAUUCCCUGGUGUCUAGAGGGACCCUUGGUUUCUCAUGGACAGUAAACAAGAUGUCUCCUCCCCUCCUCCAGCCCCCGGUUUCUGUACAUGUGGCCCAACUCCCGUAUCUCUGUGAUGGGAGGAGAGCAGGCUGCCACUGUGCUAGCCACCAUCACUAAAGACCAGCGGGCCAGAGAGGGCAAAGAGGUGAGCAUUACUCCACCACAUGUCAGUGAGCCAACCUCUCCUGGGACCCCCCAGAGCUAGCACACCUGAUUAGGGCUGGCACAAUUACAGUGUAUGGAUGAAGACCGUCAUGAAAUAAAAUAACCGUCAUAACCGUUUAUGUGUGCGGAACGAACAGCUGACUCAAGAUGGGACGGCCAGGUAUUCAGAUGGGACGGCCAGGUAUUCAGAUGGGACGGCCAGGUAUUCAGAUGGGACGGCCAGGUAUUCAGAUGGGACGGCCAGGUAUUCAGAUGGGACGGCCAGGUAUUCAGAUGGGACGGCCAGGUAUUCAGAUGGGACGGCCAGGUAUUCAGAUGGGACGGCCAGGUAUUCAGAUGGGACGGCCAGGUAUUCAUGCGGUUGAGUCCAUUUCUGCAAUAACAUGGACUCUUUACAACGUGAUGAAACUUUGUUGCUCCUUGCUGAAACAGACCAAGGUUUUCUAGAAAACCGGUCUUCGGUUGCCUAGGCAACGUCCCCAUCUCUGCAGCAGUAACACACAUAGAAAUGAAAUAAAUAGAAAAUCAAUUAUUAUUCUUUUUUUUUUUUUUGCUAUUCUAACGUUGACCAAUAAGUCAUCCAAAAAUUCCGAAACCGUCACAGCACUAAAACUGAUCCACCUUUUCAACUAAUCAUGAAGCGCCUUGACUACAUUAAUCAGGUGAGAUGGUUCAGGGCUGCAACAACAUUGUGAAACGCCUGGGGUCCCCAAGGGGGGAGGUUUGAAAAAAGGCUGAUCUGAGCUGUUGCAGGACUAAUAUAACCACUGUUCCAUGUUCAGUUCACAGCAGAGCAGGAGGCUGCCAUGAAGGAGCCCAUCGUCAAACGGUUUGAAGAGGAAGGAAGCCCAUACUUCUCCAGCGCUCGGUGAGAUAUCAGCAUCACCCAGUCUAUGAUGCAUAGUUCAUCAGGGACUCUAUGAUGGCAUUAAACAUCCAUUAUUAAAGUGCUUAUAAUGAAUUAUUGAAGAGUUUUCACCUUCUGUUUUAACUUCCAUGUUGUUCUGCCCGUCUGCAUAGGCUGUGGGAUGACGGUAUCAUUGACCCGGCUGACACCCGUCUGGUUCUGGGAAUGAGUCUCAGUGCUACGCUCAAUGCCCCGACACAGAGGACACGUUUCGGAGUGUUCAGGAUGUGAACAUCCACAGGGCCACUAGAGGCCAGACUCUGGACCAGCCAGUC